AUGUAUACUAUACAAAAUGCUCACAAAAAAGGAGUAACUGCACUGUGCACCACGUCAACAUGCGAUCGCAUAAUCAGUGGUGGAGGUGAGGGUCAAGUACGGGUAUGGGAUGUCAAAGAAACUCUCCCACCAAACAAUCAACUACACCGAUGUCGACAAAAACGUACAGAGAAGCAUAAUAGUGAUGGGUCUGAAGGUAUCCCGGAAUCUACAUUCGCCAGUGUUCUAGUGGCUGCAAUGUAUGAACACACGAAUGCCGUUUCAUGCAUUCAAAUAAGUAAAGACGAUAAGUCAUGUGUUUCUGCUUCAGCAGACUCCACGUGUAUUAUUUGGUGUUUGGAAACAUUCCGUCGAAAACAGAUUCUUUUCUCAAAUACGUUAUUUCGAUGCAUCUGUUAUCAUCCAACUGAAUGUCAAAUCAUCACAUCUGGAACAGAUAGGAAAAUAGGCUAUUGGGAAGUAUACGAUGGUUCACUGAUUAGACAACUGGAUGGUUCCCGGUCUGGAUCCAUCAAUGGAAUGGAUAUUACAACUGAUGGUGAUACAUUUGUCACAGGCGGGAAUGAUAAACUUGUCAAGUUGCUUGAUGUACAGAAGAACAGGUUUAGUGGUGAAUUGGAUUUUGCACAGUUUAUAGUAUAA